AAAGAUGAGGAAGAUCAAGUCCAGACCUCCUCAUUUCAAUCCAGUCGAUUACAUAUUUUUUCUUCGACGACACGUGAUUAUGGGGAGAAAUAAGUACGAAAUCGAUGAUAUCAAGGAACAAAUAAAUGUUCCUCCGCUUUUUGACUUGUUAAAGAAAUUAAAAGAUGAUUUUAACUAUUCAUUUAUAAGUUUUCAAGACGAAUUUAUACAUCAGAAUGGAAUUUCUUCUCUUAUUGAUGUGCUUAGGAUUUGUCAAAAUCGUCAAAGUUUACCCGAAAAUCAAAGUCGUCCUCAACAUUUAAAGAAAUUUUUGUUUGGGAAUUUCACUAGAGCAAACGAAAUUGGAAAUAGUUAA